GAUAAGCACUUGCCUACAUGCACAGUUUUCAGUAUUCCUGAUGUAGGUGCCCGGUCCUAGGCUCUAGCGGCUGAGUCUUCGGCAGAGAGGUUGCUGUAUGAAUUUUGGUGGGAUUCUUUCGUAUGGCUUGAUGAAUUAAAAACAUUUUAGGUCAAGGUCCUUGAGAUUCUCAAGGUAAUGCAGUUGUAUUCAGGGUUUUCGUCAGAGUUCUGGGGGAUCUGUGGUGAACCAGGUGUGCAGUUUACUGUUAGGGUUCCUUCAUCUUUUCUUGUGGGAAUGUUAACCCCUUAGGAGCUCCCCAUCAUUUUUCUCGAAUGUAGUAUUAUAGAAAUGGACCUCAGGGGGUUAGAAGUGUAAAUGCUCUGAAACCUGUGGUAACAUUAGGUUCUCAUAAUUAAUCAAUGAUCGUUGUUUGCUUGCACAAUUCUGUGUAUUUACUGAUAGGUAAAUGCGUUUAAUUGAUACCGUAUUUGGUAGGAAUUGAUGGAGGUUUGUGUACAGGGGCUGAAUCAGUAUUUAGACCGGAUAGGGCAAAAACUUUCCUAUUCUGAAAAUCAGAAAUAAUCACUUUAUUCCUCAGAUCUUAGCUAUAAAUUUGAGAUUCUUAUGUCAUAAAUUUGGAUAAAAAGUUAAUUCUUUUGAUAUCAGGUUGAUGGCUGAGAGGUGUGCCAUUAUAAGGGAGGGUACACUCUAUUGAGAUUAGGGUUCGCAGUUUAUCUUUUUUUAUACGAGUUGCUGAAGCUCCUGUCUUGUAAACUGGAGGUAUACACGUGAUAUAAGUUAUGGUUUAAUUAGGAAUUACAGUGGUGCUAGGGGAAUACUGUUUAGCUAUGGUCGUCUUCUGACUCGUAUAAGUGGAUGAAGUUCCACUUCUUCUUUCCACUUUCUUUGAAUUUUUUACGUAAUUUUCUUAGCUGAGAAAGCUUUAUAAAAGGUGGGCAAGUGUUCCAUUGCUCAAUUAUAUUAUAUUUUUCCAGUAAAUUAAGAAGUUCCACUGAUAACUUGUUAAUGGGUCAUCAAUUAAGGAAGGAAGACAGAUCACACUACUCACUAAAAGAUAGUAAAAUUACUCUAACAAUAGCCUCUUGCCUUAAAAAAUUCAUUUUGAUCCACUUGAAGUGAGAUGAAACACAAAUACUCAGUAAACCUAAUUCAAAGACAACUAUGGAUCCUAGUAUCUCUAGUAUCUCCUAGUUAUUUUAGAUACCUACUUGAAUAUUAUAAUUUCAAUUGAUCGUUCACGAAACGUUUCGUCACAGUUUCCAACCAUGGCAACGCAGUUUUCUCAAUUGCGUGAGGGAAGGCACGUGGAUCGAUCGUCGUGUCUUAAAGGCUCGUCUUCAAACGACAGUUUCCCCAGGAAAUGACGAGAUAAUCUAAAAAUUUUGUAACGACUUUCUCGGACGAGAUUUCUUCCGGUUUAGAUAGAAAACGCUGAUACGAACUGGUUUCUUCGUUUUUGCCUGAUGCCGAGGAAGCGAUGGGACGAUAAGGAAGGAUGGUAUAAGCGGUGAAAAAGUCGCUUCUGUCGUGAGAAAUCGUGACGGUUGUACUCUGACAUUUAUGGAGAUAACUUUAAGAGUGACAGGUUUUGGAUUCACUAAAGAUUAUGUUGAGGUCAUUUCAAUUUAUUUUUCUUAAAAUCCUCUUUCCUUCGAAUAGAAAUUUCUACGAUUGUUUGAUACCUGUAUCAGAGUACUCUGAUACAUCGAGAUAUAAAUGGAGGUAAAAGAAUUAAUUUUCAUGAUGAAUAUUCAUCAACAGGUCUAGGUUAGGUCACCAAUAGAGUAUUCUGAUGAACGAAUGAAAAUCGAAAGUUGAUCAAUUUAAAUCUUAUUGAAUAAUACACCGAAAGCUAUUCUAAAAAAAGACGAUUAACGAAAUUAUGUAAUAAUUACGUUGGACGUGUGGUUUUUUCUUUUCAAUUUUGUUCGAAAUCUUUCCAGAAACCUGUUGGAGAACGGCAAAUGUACUUCGCUGAGGCAAUUUGCAUACUCGUUUUCCUUGAAUAUCCUUGUUCCUCAUUCUCGUACGAUAACUCCUCGAUUAACUUGAACGUUGCUCAUUAUCUUCAGUUAAUGAUACACCUGCCAUUGUUUAACUGCGACCGUUUUGCACACGCUUGAAUCGAUUGUUGUCGAAGACUUUUCUUUUUUUAGAAAAUCAACAAUUGAGAAUUUAAUAAUAAUUUGGUCAUUUUUAUGGAAGGUACAGAAAUUUUUGAAAGAUUCAGGAAUUCAAUGAAAAUAUUAAAUUGCAAAAUUUUUGGAAUAUAAUAAUGUUUUCUCGACUGCCAUUGGGAUCCAGGCUGAAAUCCCAAAUUGAAUUUCCCAAUAAUGGAAAUUCGAUCAGACUUUCGCGCCCAUUUGCCCAUUCUUCAGCACCCCCUCGAUCCAAACGCAAUUCGACGUCUAAAGUAAGGGGCACAAAGAAAAGUUUACGUUUCCUCGUUCAAUAUUCCGUCUCAGUUUCCUUCCCUCAGCAUUUGAAGAUGUCAUGUUACUACUGAGGAUUGGAUGUUCUUCUCCUGUUCCCUUUUAUCUCCAUAGAAAGCGUCGAUGCAUAAAUUAUGGGAAUUUCAACGUCCAUUUUAAAACAUCUGUAUUAUCGUAAAUAAAAGGUGAAUCUUUUACAUUUUCUUUCCUCUUUUAAAUCGAGAUUCGUUACUUCAAAUUUCCUUCAUUUUUUGAGGGAAAAAUUUCAUUUUCUCCAUUAUAUGGAAAUGAGUCAAUAACAACUGCCAGUUGAAGAAUGAAAGUUUGGAGAAAUAUUUUUAACCCACCGUGAAAAAUAAUUGUUUAAUGAAAUAGACAUUUGACGACUGGAAUGGAACAGUUCAGCAAUUCUAUCGUGGUAUGUUGGACAAAGUGGGACAAGUACCAACUUAACCAAGAGGAAACUAAUUAGGCUAGACCCUCGGCUACUUGUUGGCAUCGAGUCUCUUUAUCUCGGAAUUUAGCGACACAGAGAUACUAAAUUGGAACGUAAGCAUUUGCCAACUCUCGGCCACUAAAAUUAACAAGGAAUCUUUCAAAGUGAACGUUGAAAUUUCGAUAAUCUGCGAAAUCUUCUGUUAAAUAUGUUUAUCUAUAAUAACUUCCUCGACACUUUGAAAUUGCAGAAUUAUUUUCAAUCAAUUUUGCAUAUUACACGUCGAGAGAAUUUAUUUAUACUCUAUUUCGCAAGAGGUACAGGUACAAAUUUGAAAAUGUUAGGAUAGGUCAGGUUUAUUAUAUAAAUCUUCUGAAAUAAUAAUGAAAUACUUGAUAGAAUUUUCUGAACUUGAAUGCAAACAAUCGAGACACGAUUUCAGAAAGGCAUUCAGCUAGUUAGAGAUUUAUCCGGGAGCAAAAGGGGACAAAUUGCCUCGUUUCCGUAGCGAACGAAACGAACCUGCCAAACGAGGGCAAUUUCAGUGGCAAUUUGAAAUCCUGAUAACGUAACACUUUUGCUACCAUGAUUUGUCGAAGCGUCGCGACGACUCCGCGUCUUUUCGAGCCAGUGAACGUCCCCUCGAAACGCAAUCAUUCUAAUAGGCUACUCUGAUGAGUAAACAAAAAUCUAGUUUUAUCCUCCGUCCAUGUUCAUUUAACGUUUCACUUCGCCUCCUCUUGUUUCACCCUGAAGCGUUGGACAUUCUUGUUAGGGAAAUGAAGUGGUUUCAUGGUGAUCAAGAUUGAGUUACUAAGUUCAUAAAUAUUGUUUAUAAAGUUUAAGUGGAGACAUCUUUCAUUUUUGAAGAUGAAGAGGUUUCCAGUUUAGACAUGACAGGAUGAUAGCAUAAUUAAAAUAAAGAACUCAUUAAGGUUCCAAGUACUCGAUAAUUAAAUUAGUGACGAUGAGUACUCACACCUUCAACAUAGUACCCUGAAAGUGUACCAAACCGUAUCAAGUGACAACUACCUUCGUAAAAAGUGUGUUCUUGGAGUGCAGAAGACGAAACAGUUCUACUCAAGUGAACUCUAAGUGAAUUUACCAAUUCCCCAUCAAUCAUCACCAAAGAGGUCAGCUUAGCCUCCGUAAGAAACUUUGAACCACACAUGUACUCCGAGUGACUAUAGACCUAAAAGUGAGGAUUCCAAAUCAUCAUUUGGAAGCUUUCCCAGAGGACCUGGAAUGCGUUCAAAGACUGAAGAUCGUUUUCAAGAACGACUCGAACCGAUCAGCAUCGCAGCCUAACGAUGUCUGACUCCAGUGGCGGCUUAAUGGACUUCUCGGGGUCCGGCAGUGGCCUGAAAAGGUGUGGGGCCGGCAUGAGUUCCCCGUCACUUGGCGCUGGAGGCAGCAUAGGAAAUUCCGGUGGGCUGCCUCGAACUCUAUCCGCUUCCGCUCUUCGGCUACGACCGUCCAGGAAGGCUCUGUUCUGGGAACAGUGUUUCGAGUCGCCGCCAAAAAGAGACUUCCAUGGCGAGGACCUCAUCGUCACGCCCUUCGCGCAGAUCCUUGCCUCCUUACGGUCGGUCAGGAACAACUUCCUGUCCCUUACAAAUGUGCCCACGAACAAAUCACGAAGGAGUAGCGGUGCCCAAGGUAGCAGCACACCGCAACCGCGGAUUGUGGCGCCAGGAGAGGAGAAUUACAUGAAACUGGCCGUCGAGACGAUGGAAGAGCUGGAUUGGUGCCUGGACCAGCUGGAAACCAUUCAGACUCAUCGGUCCGUGUCCGACAUGGCCUCCCUCAAGUUCAAACGUAUGCUGAACAAGGAACUCUCUCACUUCUCGGAAUCCUCAAAAUCUGGAAAUCAGAUUUCAGAAUAUAUUUGCAGCACCUUCCUUGAUAAGCAGCAAGAGUUGGACUUGCCCUCCCUGCGAAUCGAGGAUGCAGUCGCGGCUGCAGGCAGCGCAGAUGCAAGGGCGGCGAAAAAGAAGGACCGAGUUCAGCGAGGUCCUGCUGCGAUGUCCCAUAUCAGCGGCGUGAAACGGCCACUUACACACACGAAUAGCUUCACAGGGGAGCGUGUGCCACUUUACGGCGUUGAAACGCCCCAUGAAGAAGAACUUGGCAAGCUUCUAUCAGACAUCGACAAGUGGGGCAUCGACAUCUUCAGGAUAGGCGAGCUGAGCAACAACAGGCCGCUGACUUGCGUCGCCUAUACAGCCUUCCAAAGCAGAGAUCUGCUUAAAUCGCUGGCCAUACCGCCCAAGACCUUCGUCACCUUUAUGAUGACCCUCGAGGAUCACUACGUCAAGGACAAUCCCUUCCAUAAUAGCCUGCACGCGGCCGACGUGACCCAGUCCACCCACACUCUGCUCAACACGCCCGCACUCGAGUCGGUAUUUACGCCGUUGGAAAUCACUGCGGCACUCUUCGCUGCUACCAUUCACGACGUAGACCACCCUGGACUCACCAACCAGUUCCUCAUCAAUUCGAGCUCCGAGCUUGCCCUGAUGUACAAUGACGAGUCCGUUCUGGAGAACCACCACUUGGCCGUGGCUUUUAAACUCCUCCAGAACGAGGGCUGCGACAUAUUCGUAAAUAUGACAAAGAAACAGCGUCAGACACUUCGCAAGAUGGUCAUCGACAUGGUCCUCUCCACGGACAUGUCCAAACACAUGUCCCUCCUCGCUGAUCUGAAGACCAUGGUGGAGACUAAGAAGGUGGCUGGCUCUGGCGUUCUUCUGUUAGACAACUACACCGAUCGUAUCCAAGUCCUCGAGAACCUGGUGCACUGCGCUGACCUGUCCAACCCCACGAAACCAUUACCACUCUACGAACGAUGGGUCGGUCUGCUGAUGGAAGAGUUCUUCCUCCAAGGAGACCGCGAACGUGAACAGAACAUGGACAUCAGCCCGAUGUGCGACAGGCAUAGUGCCACGAUCGAGAAGUCGCAGGUCGGCUUCAUUGACUACAUCGUCCAUCCUCUUUGGGAGACCUGGGCGGAUCUAGUGCACCCUGACGCCCAGGAUAUCCUGGACACGCUCGAGGAGAACCGAGACUGGUACCAAUCCAAGAUUUCUCCAUCACCGCCGUCCGAUGACCAGCCGCAACAGCAAGGAAACGAGCCACAAUCUGAGAGGAUACACUUCCAGGUGACACUGGAGGAAGGCGAUGAAACCGGUGAGGCGACAGAAACCGGAGAGUCGGGUGGAGCGGCACAGACAACAACGUUAUCCAGCGAGGAAGGGGGCGGUGAGACAGAGGAGAACGCCGCGGAGGCUGGAAUGUGA